ACUUCCUGUAUGCUGCUGCCUGAUCCCUUUCACUUUCAAGUUCUUCAUACAUUCGUGCUUGUAAAUCGAGGCGUAAUUCAUCUCCAACAAGCCUGUAGUUAUAGUUAGUAGUGCUGCAUUAUUAUAAUUGUUUUACCGCAUAAAAGCUACUGAUGAUGAUUUCAUGGUUUCGACGAUGAAAGCGGCACACAUAUAUUUGCUUUUACACGUUUUCUCGACGGUCAGUGUGCUGGUAAAUGCAUUUGAUCCGAUCACAACAACAGUGGUCAUCGGUGUCGCCGCUUUUUUCUGGGGGACGUUUUACCAUCAUUUCCAUGAAAAUUGUGAUCCGAGAUGGAUAGCUUACAAUGCAACAGUACUCCAGGCUGAUCUGGAAAGCAAAGUGAUUGGACAGCACGUUGCGUCACCCAUCAUCCUGAAAGCUGUGAAUGGAUUCAUGAGCAUCGACAACCCGAAGAAGUCCCUUGUGCUCUUCCUGCAUGGACCGACAGGCACAGGAAAGACCUUCGUCAGUAAGCUCAUAGCUGAAAACAUUUACAAGGAGGGAAUGAACAGCAGAUUUGUCCAUGUUUUCAUAUCUACACUUCACUUCCCGCAUUCAAGUCAAACUGAUACCUACAAGUCUCAGUUAAAACAAUGGAUCAAAGGCAAUAUAACCGACUGUGCACAAUCCAUGUUCAUCUUUGAUGAGGUGGACAAGAUGCAUCCCGACUUGAUUGACAGCAUUAAGCCGUACCUGGACUACUACUACAAAGUGGACGAAGUUUCUUAUGGGAAAGCCAUCUUCAUCUUCCUCAGCAAUGACGGCGCGGAGAGCAUCACACAGACAGCUUUAGAUUUCUGGAAUGCAGGACGAGAUCGAAAAGAGAUCGAGCUCAAAGACUUGGAAACAUCGCUCUCUGAAUCAGCAUUUAACAUCAAGAGUGGUUUGUGGCGUUCAAGCUUUACUGAGAACCUGGUGGACUUCUUCAUCCCAUUUCUGCCUCUGGAGUACCAACACGUUGUUCAAUGUGCCAGGGCUCAGAUGAAAGCCAGAGGACUGGAGCCAGACCAGGAUGUGGCAGACGAGGUGGCCGGAGAUUUGGACUAUUUCCCCAAAUUUGAGAGAGUGUUCUCUGUCAGAGGCUGCAAGACUGUAGAGAGUAGAUUGCACUUCUACACAAAGUAAUAAUUAUGCACUGUGUGCACUUAAAAAAAGAAAAACACUGUAAGCCAGACAAUAGACGGGAUGCCACACUGACAUCAUAAUCAGGAUUUUUUAAAGGUUUAGUUUACUUUUAUUAUAUCCAAACUUUUGAUUGGUACUGUAUAUUUAUAUUUAUAUACAUUUCACUUAAGUUGCAGUGCUCCAGUUAUAAUUGCCAUAAUUUCCCAUAAUAUUUACAACCAUGAAACCAUAUUAAUCUGUUACCUAAUCUAAAUCUCUUACCUAGUAUAAAUGAUUUAAGAUAUUAUCAUUCUACAGGUAGCUGGUUAACUGGGAUGAUCCCUCCAUUUCAAAUGUAUGAUAUAACUUUUGUGUGUUUUUUAACAGAUAAUAUGUACAUUGUGUCUAUAUUGUGAGAAUUUGAGUUACAUUUUCUCCUGCAUCCUCCCAGGAUUUAACUCUCCUGUAAGACUGUCAGAGUAAAGUGUCUCUACAAUC